AUGGUAAAAGUAAAAGCAAGAACCCAUUUAUUAUAUUACACUUGUUGCUAUUUUCUUGACACUCGCGUUUUGUUACCUUCUGAUGCAUCCCCUUCACAAUGUCCAUCCGGAUUAGCUAAGGCCAUAUUGCCGAAAUUACUCUCUACUAUUAAACACGGUUAUGAACACGAUGAACCUCCCUCUCAUGAGCACAUCGCGAAUCAAGAACUUUCAUUUCACAUGAGUGUCAUCGACAUGACAAUAUCAGCGCCUCCUAUGUACUCUCUUGGUCUGCAAAUAAAUCAUUUUGCUUCAGGUAGAACAACCAUUUACAAGCAAGCAACACACAGCUGGGCUUUUCUCUGGGAGAUAUUGUUUGGAGAAUACUUGUUUUAUCAGAACAUUGGCCAUUUCACAUUGUAUGAAGGAUAG